AACUCAUUUUGCACCAUGGCAGAGCUCAGCUUCAACGUGGAUCAUGGGUAUCUGGAGGGUCUGGUUCGAGGGAUGAAGGCUGGGAUUCUGACUCAGACUGACUAUCACAAUCUGGCCCAAUGUGACACACUGGAGGACAUGAAGCUGCACCUGCAGGGUACAGACUAUGGUAAGCUGCUGUCCUCGUCUGAAGAGGACCUGACUGUGUCUCUGGUCGACAAAAAACUGAGGGAGAACCUGGUGACUGAAUUCAGCUGCCUGCGCUCCAACGCCCUGCCUCCACUCUCCACCUUCCUCGACUAUAUAACCUACAGCUACAUGAUCGACAAUGUGGUGUUGCUGAUCACCGGGGCCCUGAAACAGAGAGAUGUGGCAGAGCUCCUCCCGCGUUGUCACCCACUGGGAGCUUUCGACCAAAUGGCAGCCGUGGGCAUCGCCCGCACCCCGACUGAACUCUAUUCAGCCAUUCUGGUGGACACACCGCUAGCUCAGUUUUUCCAGGAAGCCAUAUCCGAGUCCAACCUGGAUGAAAUGGAGGCUGAGAUUCUGAGAAACAAACUGUAUAAGGCAUAUUUAGAGUCUUUCCACACUUUCUGCAAGAACAUCGACGGUGCCACAAAAGAUACGAUGUGUCCUGUGCUGGAGUUUGAGGCAGACAGGCGGGCCUUCAUCAUCACAGUGAACUCCUUUGGGACAGAUCUCAGCAGUGCAGACAGGAGUGCUCUGUAUCCUUCGUGCGGCAAACUUUACCCCGAGGGACUCCAACUGCUGGCCAAGGCAGAAGACCACGAGCAGAUCAAAGCUGUUGCCGACUGUUACCCAGACUAUAAGAUCAUUUUUGAUGACCCUGACCCGGGAUCAGACUUCAAGACUCUAGAGGACAGGUUCUUUGAACAAGAGGUGAAGCUGAACACACUUGCUUUCCUGCAGCAGUUCCACUUUGGAGUAUUUUACUCCUACAUCAAACUGAAGGAGCAGGAGAGUCGCAACAUUGUCUGGAUCGCUGAGUGUGUCACACAGAGACAGAAGUCCAAGAUACACAACUACAUACCCAUCUUCCAGGGAACAAAUUAACUGAGUAAUAAAGAGAAAUACAGACAUGCAUCUUACAUACAUAGUAUACAACAAUGUAAUAAAUGCACUUUAUCAAACUGUAUAAAAACAUUUGUUGAUCUCUUUAUGAUCAAAGUUUGGUUGUGAGGAUUAGUUACUGUGGUGGCACUAAAGUCAGUCACAAAUAUCUUCAGUGUUUGUACUACAGACCACAGAAAAGACAAAAAAAGGGCCUUGUGAUUAAUAAUAAACUACUUGCUAUGUAGUAUGUUCGCAUUCACAUUACUGGCACAAUAUCUGCAUAUCUACACAGGACAAAAGUGUACAUUUCAGGAGGUAUAAUAUUGUGUAACUAUAUAAUAGGGUACAAAAUAUAACCAAAAAAACGUCUGCAUAUAAUUAAUGUAGCACAAUCAGUGGUAUAAGAGUGUAAAUGUGUCUGUUUUAGCAGCUAACAGGGUCAUCAAUCACUCAUCUUUGCUUUUCAAAAGCUUGUCCUUCCUUCAUACUUUCACUGAAACAAAAAGAAAAACAAGAAGUUAAAAAACUAUCAAAGCUAUUUUUUUUCUUGCAUUGAGAAAUGUAAAACAUCUGCCACAUCAUUACAGUACAUAAUUAUAGACUGGACACAACGUGGGUCUAAUCAUCAACAUGUUGGCUGUAUAAUGGUCUAACUUACAGCACUGGACAGGGAACUCCAGUGGUAUGUAGUUCUGAUGGCAUAGAUGAACAAAAACUGAUGCUAAUCUGCAGGGGCCUCUGAAAGCGCUCACCUCACACACCGACAAGAAUUGACCGGGAUCCACCUGACAACACAGACAUACUGCUUUAACAUGAAGCACAGACUCAGUCGCAAACAGGGACUUAAAAUGAGCCAGAUUUUCACAUUGAGCUGCCAGAGAAAACAUAUUUGAUUUGUAUGCCAUAUAUCAAACCCUAAAUUCAAUUUCCUUCAUGUCUUGUUUUUAAAUUCAUUCUCAGGUCAGGCUGCAGAAAGAGGAAAGAAAUAGUUUGCUUUCCACCAAAUGUAAAUAAUAAUUAGAUUUUAGAAAAGAACAGUACUCUUUUACUGGAAAAUAUACACGUGUUUUGCAGUAUUUCUGUGUGGCAGUACUAAGGAGUGACAUUUAGACCAGUUUUAACUUCAUCUACUCUAUGAGCAAAGUUCAUAAGAGGUGAAAAUGGUCAUGUUUACUUUACCUCAUGUAAAUUUUUCUCAUCAAGUAUAGAGUCAUACAUUUUCCAUAAAAAAGAAUAAAUCUGUAACAGAAUAAGAAAAUAA